UGUGUGUGUGUGCGUGUGUGUGUGUGUGUGUGUGUGUGUGUGUGUGUGUGUGUGUGGUCUGUGUAAAAGGCGGAAUGACUGAAUGUAAAUGGCAGAAUGUGUAAAGGCGGAAUGACUGAAUGUGUAAAUGGCAGAAUGUAUAAAGGCGGAACGGAACAGAACGCCCCUUGUUUACCUUGUUUUUUACCUUUUUUCUACCAAUACCCUUCGGCAGGCUCACGACAGGAUUACAGCGAAUCAAUAGUUUCUUGGAUAUUAUAAUUCACGGAUACUGCUCCACGUGGGCAUCAUUGUCAUCUUGUCAGCUGCCAUUUCCCUGAUUAUCAUUUCAUUUCCUUUAUGGAAGGUGUGUAAAAUGAUUAUUUGUGGUGAUGUAAAGUACUAGGUAGGAUUCUGAUCCUAUGUAACCGCCUCACUUGAGAGCUCUUUGUCUCAAUGUGGAUUUGGGAGGAUUCCCAUUUAUGGUGAUGAACACUGCAUCAUCAAGGCAUUUCUAGAGAGCUAUAAUUAUCAACAAUCCAGUCCUUCAUCAGAUGAUGACUACACAAAGUUGCUAGAGGACAUUUGCAAUGAGAUCACUAUCAAUGAAUCACGUUAUCGGCAAUGGUUAACUGGUUAAUUGUUUUUAACAGAGGUGUGGAGGCGGAGCCCAAACAGAAAAGAAUUGAGGAUGCGGGAAUAAAUUUUAUGUACUGUAGUCAACACGAACUUUCGUUUCAGCACAUGUACCGGUUUAUGUUGUUGGAAUGUCACUGCAACGAUCAACACCACAAUAACAGAGGAUUUACACCGUUGUCUUUAGCUGCUUACUUGGGAAAAAGUGACAUGUUUCAUUUCAUACUAAAGCUGAAAUGCAUUCCAUUAUGGAGCUAUGGAAAAACUUGCUGUGCUCUCUAUCCUCUUCAGGAGAUAGACACGGUGUCUUGUAGGAAAGAAGAGAAACAGAUGUCUGUUAUUAGUCAUGUUGUCACUCGGAAUACAGUUAUUCACUCUGAGAUGAUUGAUGGUCUCAUUUAUGCAAUACUCCAAGCGAAAUGGAAACUAUAUGCAAAGUGGAGGUUUUUUCGGCAGUUAGCUGUAUUUACUGUUUACAUUGUUCUCCUCACAGCAUCACUUUAUCUUCGUCCAUCAAAGGACUCUAAUCAACUCAUGGUCAACAAAACCAUCGUAGGUGCAUGCACAGGCAUUGCAAGCAAUAUCAGCAGAAAUUGUAGUAGCUUGGUGAUGAAUCAGAUUGGUGAUCCAUGCUAUCUACGAGACUGCUGGGAUGAUGCUAAUUGCAUAUGGCGAUAUUGCUCUGAGAUUGGAGCUUUGAUAGUAGCCUUAAUCUUUCUCGGAGUUUUUGGGUAUCACAUGAAGACUCAAGGAUGGAAAAAGGUGUUCUCUACUCUGCUGCAAUCUCCAACUGAAAUGUUGGUUUUGCUUUCAUGUUUUCUGAUCAUUCUUGCCAUUCCUGGGCGGGCUGCAUGCCACUCUGAUUAUGAAGACAUUCUCCUUACUUUAGCAGUAGUCCUUGCUUGGCCAUACUACAUGUUCUUCCACAGAGGUUUCAAACUAGUUGGACCAUUUGUUGUAAUGAUAUUUAAAAUGUGCAAAGCAGACCUUGUUCGUUUUAUCCUUAUUUAUGCCAUUUUUAUGAUGGGAUUCUCACAAGCAUUGUAUGUGCUGUUUGUUGGAACAUCAACUGAGCUAUUUAAUCAUCCUGCUGGAGCAAUGCUUGGCCUUUUUCACAUGACGUUGGGUGAAUUUCAGGAUCACUAUGAUGAAAUGUCACAAUCUUCAUAUCAGUUUCUUGCUAAGGCACUAUUUGUUGUCAUGAUGGUUUUAAUGUUUACAUUGCUUGUUAAUAUGCUGAUUGCUAUGAUGGGUAAUACAUAUCAAACUGUUGCCGAUACAAGAAAGGAAUGGACUCGACAGUGGGCACAAAUUGUUUUGAUAAUGGAGAAGACUGUAGGAUGGAGAGAUCUGUGUAAAUAUCAGAAACAGUAUAUGUACGAAGGUGGUAGUGGUGGAUGGACAGGCUACUUUGCUUACACAUCAUAUGACAAUAAUGUUGAAGAUGACCAGCAAGUAGUAAAGCCAUCUUCGAUAGAUUUGUAUGAAGCACUCAAUAUUCCAAGUAAAAAUGUCUUCUCUGCUUAGUGAAGAGACACUCACACUUGCAAUGAUAUUUAGUAAGGUGAUAAUAAUGUAAUGUAGUAUAGUAGUCAUAAUUACUUAGCGCACGUUAGCAUACCACUUACUAUAUACACACUUCUUCGUUACAGUACAUCAGUCUUUUUACCUGCAAUCACCGUGUACACUACAUUGGUGACGAGAGCGGGAUUUUAUAAUGCAGCGUGACGAACCGAAAAUUUACCUUCCUUUUG